CAACAACUUGCCAAUACUCCAUUCUUAGCUUCAAAUUUAAAUUUCCCUACUACAACACAACUUAAUUUACCAUCAUUCAUUAAUCAAUCGAAUAAUGUACAAAAUUCAAAUCUUUUCACCUUGUCCUCAUCACCAUCCACAUCGAAUGGAUCAUUAAUUCCAUUGGGCGCAAAUUUUGAUUUAAAUUCAAAUGAAACAAAAUUAUGGUUAGCUUCAAUGAUUGGUAAUAAUAAUAAUUAUGUCCAAUCAGAUUUAAACAUAACUAAUAGUAAUAAUAAUAAUAAUAGUUUAACAAAUCAAAUUUAUCAAAUGUACAAAUUAAAUACAAAUUUAAAUGAUACAACGAAAAUGAAUUCUUUAACUAAAACAACAGCGCUGAAUAUGAAUGAAACAAAGGUGAAUAAUUCAUUGAAUACAUUGACCGAUAGUACAAAUAUGGAUAUUUCACAAAUUCAUAAUAUUUCCAAUAAUAAUAAUAAUAAUAAUACUAUUACUACUACUACUGCUAAUGAUAUGAACACUAAUGAUAGUCGAAGUAAAUCAAACGAACAUACAGUAACGUAA